CUUAAUGAUAGUGAAGAAGUAACUUUUACGUUAAACAUUUUUAUCAUUCUAAGGAAAAUUAUUACUGAAUUUUGAAACUCUUUCAUGUUUAGAAAUAACUUCAUUAUUUUGAGAAAUGAACACUCAAAGUAAACUCGAAAUUAAAAAUUAUAAUUUAGCUAAGCAAUAAGUAUUCGUCAAUAUCUGCCUAUCAUAUCAACAAUUAAAAUUUUAUACAUUAUUAUCAAGUAUUAAAUUACUUUCAAAAUGAUUUCUUUCACACAUGCUUUAAUUUGGGGUGUGCUUUUCACAAGCACAGUACUUGAUACGGCCUCCGCGUCCAAUUAUUCUCAAUGCAAGGAUGGAUUAAUCCUUCCCGUAUGGACUCCUACCACCAAUCUUAGUAAAGGAGAUGUAGUGGCUAGGGGAAUUAUAUAUUUCAUAGCACUGGUGUAUAUAUUUGUAGGUGUGUCCAUCAUAGCUGAUCGUUUUAUGGCUGCAAUCGAAGUAAUAACCUCUAAAGAGAAAGAGGUAGUAAUAAAGAAGCCAAAUGGAGAGACACAAACUAUCAGUGUUCGUAUAUGGAAUGAGACAGUGUCCAAUCUGACCCUUAUGGCCUUGGGGUCAUCCGCUCCAGAAAUUCUACUAUCGGUGAUUGAAGUAACAGGUCAAGGAUUUCAAGCAGGAGAUUUAGGACCAGGAACGAUUGUCGGAAGUGCCGCAUUUAAUAUGUUCGUGAUCAUAGCGAUUUGUGUGUGGUCUAUCCCAAGCGACGAACACCGCAAGAUAAAACAUCUUAGGGUAUUUUUUGUCACAAUGACGUGGAGUGUAUUUGCUUACAUAUGGCUUUACCUGAUCCUUACAUGGUCUUCCUAUGGGGUAAUCGAAGUCUGGGAAGGUAUAGUUACCUUCCUCUUCUUCCCCACUACAGUACUUACCGCGUAUAUCGCGGAUCGUAGACUCCUCAUCUACAAGUACCUCUCUAAGAAAUACCGAAUGAAUAAGAGAGGGGUUAUUGUAGGAGGCGAAGGUGGCGAGGGUGCUGGGGCUGUUGAAAUGGGAGCCCCAGGUAGUAAACCCACAGCUACCAAUGGUCUGAAAGUCUUUGAUGAAGAAGAAAAUGAAGAAGUUAAAGAAUUCGAAGAGCACAGGCGAGAAUAUAUACAGCUGCUUCGAGAACUGAGACGGAAGAAUCCUGAAAAAACCAUGGAAGAGCUGGAACUAAUGGCACGGGAAGAAAUCCUUGAGAGAGGACCUAAGAGCAGGGCUUUCUAUCGACUACAGGCAACCAAAAAACUUACGGGAGGAGGUAAUCUUAUUAAAAAGAAGCUAGAGAAACCAGAACCUGAGAAGGAAGAGUCUAAGGAAACCAUCAAAGAUGAUAUGUGUCGCAUUUAUUUCAAUCCUGCACAUUACACUGUAAUGGAAAGUGUAGGUCAGUUUGCGGUGACGAUUAUCAGGUCUGGAGAUGUUUCUUAUUCAGUAUGUGUGGAUUUCGAAACCGAAGAUGGCACUGCAGAAGCAGGUUCAGACUACGAACCACUAGCGGGAACUAUUAUCUUCCGUCCUGGUGAAACCCAACAACAGGUUUUCAUCACGGUCAUAGAUGAUGACAUCUUCGAGGAGGAUGAACACUUCUAUGUUCGUCUAAGUAACCCGAGGUACCUGAAUCACCCCGAUGGUAUACCGCUGAGAGCAAUGAAUGGUUCUCCUGGGCAGCUGGGUCCCCCAAGACCUCCGUUAGAAUUAGCAACUCCUUCAAUUGCCACUGUAAUGAUUCUUGAUGAUGACCAUAGUGGAGUAUUUGGAUUUCAAGAUGUAGCUCAAGAAGUACCAGAAUCCAUUGGGGAGUACAGGCUCAAAGUAUCCCGCUACAGUGGAGCCAGAGGACGAGUUAUCAUACCUUUCAGGACACUAGAAGGAAGCGCAAAACCAGGGAGAGAUUAUAAACAUGUGGAAGGAAUACUUGUCUUUGAAAACAACGAAAAUGCGAAAGAAAUACCUAUCCAGAUUGUUGACAAUGAAAGCUAUGAAAGAGAUUCUGUGUUUUACGUAGAAUUAGGAGAUCCGAGAACUGAAGAAGAUUACAUCAAAGAACAAUCUGGCCAAGAACUGGAUGAGAACAGACCUAGCGCGGAAUUAACAGAAGCAGAAAAAAUUGCUCUGCUCGGCAAACCUCGUCUUGGGGAUAAUUAUAAAAUUCAGCUGCGUAUCAAGGAGAGUAAGGAGUUUAAAAACACUGUGGAUAAACUAUUCGAGAAAACCAACGUCUCGAUGACCAUUGGCACAUCUUCUUGGAAGGAACAGUUUCUUGACGUCAUCACUGUGAGCGCAGGGGACGAUGAUGACGAUGAUGGAGACGAAGAAAAAAUGCCUUCAUGUUCUGAUUAUGUCAUGCACUUUUUUACCAUUUUCUGGAAAGUCCUUUUUGCUUUCGUUCCUCCAACAGACUGCAUGGGUGGAUGGGCCUGUUUUAUAACGAGUAUCUGCGUCAUCGGCUUGUUGACAGCCCUGGUAGGAGACUUAGCAUCCCACUUCGGCUGUACGGUCGGCCUCAAGGAUUCCGUCACGGCUAUCUCCUUUGUAGCUCUGGGAACCAGUGUCCCAGACACAUUCGCCAGCAAAGUAGCAGCUCAGAACGACAAGUAUGCCGAUUCUUCCAUCGGUAAUGUAACAGGAAGUAAUGCAGUGAAUGUUUUCCUAGGCAUCGGCAUUGCCUGGUCCAUAGCGGCUCUCUACCAUGCCUCCAAGGGUCAGCAAUUCUUAGUGCAACCAGGAAAUCUGGCAUUCUCUGUCACGCUUUUCUGUGUGUGCGCUUUUAUCUGCUGCACCGUGUUGAUGCUAAGACGAAGCGCAUUGGUUGGUGGUGAGCUGGGUGGCCCUAUGAAGUACAAAGCGCCCACUGUUAUCCUUUUCAUUGGUUUAUGGGUAUUUUACGUCUUUAUGUCAAGUCUUGAAGCAUAUGAGGUUAUUAAAGGAUUUUAAAGAAGCUGCAAUGAAUCAAAAAUGCAAAAUCAUCUUUGCCAACUCUGGUCGACGUCCAUCAAUCGAAGUAUCAUUUUGCAAGGUAUCAUUUAGAAGAAAGUUACCAUUCGUCAAUAGGAGAAAAGGCGUUACUUUUUGCUGCUACUUCUGUGGGCUAAAGAGAUUUAUCGCGAAGAAUGGAAUUCAUGAGGUCCGAUAAAAUCUCUGGAAUGAAGCUCAUUAUGAUAUACAAUUACUUAUGCUUCGAAACAGAUUCUAGUUUUCAAAAAUCUACUGUUCUCUUCAGUCCCAUAUUCAAGGGUACUGUGUUAUAUAUUUAGGUAUAUUUAGAUAUAUGUAUAUAUAUAGCAGAGUCACUACAUCGGGUAAUAAUCUGAACAUAGAUGUUUGAGAAACUGAACCAUGCCGAAGCUAAAACGAUACGGCCAGAAAAUGUCACCAGCAGUUACAAAUUUGGAGGCAUUCUCUCAUAUUUUGCAUCGAAGUUUGGAGGUAUUUCUUAUAGAUUUUUAAUGAGAAUAGCAAUAGAUAAAACUCGUAUUUUUAGCAAAUGAAUUAUACUAAAGUAACAUGAGGACUCGUUGAAGAACUAGUUAAAAUCUUACAAUUCUUCAGCGGGGAAAAAAGUGGACAAGCUAACAAGCUAAAGAUAAAGAAUAUUAAGAAGCUUAAGAUGUUGUUUAGAAGUAUACACUAAUAAAGUGCAUUAAAUUUCAUUUCCAUCGUAUCGGAUGAAUAUAUGAGUAUAAUAUAUUUGAUAUUUUGAUCGGUAGUUACUAGACGUAAGUGCAUAUUAUAUUGUUCCUUCGGUGCCGAAAGAUUGCUUAGCAUUUGGAAGAGUGAAUUAUAAAAUAAAACUGCAGAAGAAUUCUUAAAUUCUUUACUUAUUUCAAUUUAGAAAUGGCAUCGUUGUCUCAAUGAGGCUAAAUUGCCACUAGACUUGAAAAGCUUAAAUUUAUAUGUGUCAGAUAAUAUCUCAUCAAACUCCUUGCCUCGAUCUUCUACAGCUCUUGCUGCAAAUAUGGUCUACUGCACUGGAAUGAGAUAUUUACAGUCAAAGAACUUUUAGAAAAGAGCAGUUAAAGGAGCUAUUGUCGCAGGAGAAACCAGGAAGUUUACUAUGUUUUUCAGUUUCAUCUUCAGCGUCUUUGGAAUGAAUGAAGAUAAUGUUUGAUGUGUGCCAAGGCAGUAUUUCUUUGCUGGGAACUUUAUUGUCUAAGAUGUGUUUUAAAUUUGAGUCGCUUUCUGCAACUGACUUUAUGGAUUAUGCUUCUGUUCUAUGUAUUGCCCUCCUCUUCUAAGGAUUUCAUUUCAUAUAAAACUGCGAUUCAUCGCUUAAUUUAAGUCACACAUGUUUGCACCUGUUACUUCUUCGGCAUCCACUUGGUUGGAAAUUUGCGUCUGUUUACACAUCUUGCGUUUGUAAUGGUGAUACUUAAUAACUUUCCAAAGUUUGUACUUUCGUUUUGUCAAGUGAGGUAGACGUGAGUACGAUUGCAUGGUCCAAUGUUUUUUAGUCCUAUAUAGCAUCAAAGUACGAAAUUCCAAGUGAAGUUUCCAAGUGAAUUCCAAGUGAAGUUUGGAUUUUGAUGUGAUGCAGUUUUCUGAUCCUAGUCUAAGUGUUCUCAUCUUUGUGU